AUGAAUAGAAGCUCAAGAAAUACCCAUGUGUACUAUUUACCAGUUGGUCUUACGAAUUUUCAGCAAGACCUAAUCGAAAUCUUGAUUUCGUUGCAUGCGAAAUAUUUUAUAAGGGAAAUUAGUGCUGUGGAUGAACAUGACAAUGAUAAUGGUGUUGAAGAAACCACAAUGUAUCCCAAACUUUCAAGUAAAAAAAUGACUUACGUAUUUGACCAUAAUAUAAGAGCUGUCGCCAAUCAUCCAUGUUUGCUUGUCGAUCAUUAUAUGCCUCGGCAAUUUCUGCGAAUGGAACCCAAUGAAAAGCUGAUAAAUAGCAGUGAUAAAUUUCAAAAAUUCCAACAGCUUCUUUACCAUAUAAUUCACAGGGAUCGAGUCAAAUACCCUGGAAUUCUGAAGAUAGCAUUAAUCUCGCAUAGUGUUAGAGAACUGGAUUUACUUGAGGGUCUGAUAUUGGGAGAAACUGUGAGAAUAAAAAGGCUCUCUGGGACGUCUUUAUACGAUGAGAAACACGUUUAUUUUGAAGAGAAUCAGAAUAGAGGACAAGACAUGAAUGAUUCUAAGGAUGGUACUCCCAGCGUUGAAUCCAGUUCAAAUUCAUAUACAGGCUACCCUAGAGAUGACUACGACUAUUCUGCAAAAAGAAAACUGCGCAAGCAAAAACCAGUAGCUGAAGAUUGGCUAUUUUUAACCACUACAACGCACUUAAUCAAUGAUUCUUCAUUGCUCAAAGAUUACGAUUGCGAUUACAUUAUAAGUUUUGAUCCUCUGCUAGAUCCGAGCUUACCAGCUCUAACCCCAUUAAACAUGAAAGCUAGUAAAAGGAUACCGAUUAUCAAGAUUCUCGUUGUCGAUUCGCCAGAUCAUUAUAUACUGGCUAAUACAUCAACAGAUGAUUCUGUUGAGUAUGAGUUGUUGAAGAACUCGAUAGAUUACUUUUUGCGUAGUAGGCAUUUGUCGGAAAGUAAUAACGAAACCAAAGCACCGAUUGAUUAUAAACAGCUGGUCCGUUUACUGCUGUCUGAUCAGCCUAUUACUUCAGCUUUACCGGACAUUGAUCUAUCCGGUACUGAUGAAGGUGCUGAGCCGUAUCAACCCAGACUCUCAAGUUUAACAUAUGGAAAUUCACAAUUAUCCAUAGAUGAAACUGAUUUCGAUAUGAAAUCGUAUCAGUCGGAAUUGAUGAAAAAAACAGUAGACAGAUUAAUGGAGAUUCAAAAGGAAACAAAAGAGAACACAAGAGUACUGGUGGGUAAAAGAGGAAGAGAAACUGAACGGCAAAAUUUACUAGAUGAACUUAAACACGAGAUAGGAGUUAAAUUUAAAACACUGGAAGAUCGCAAGAAAACGCAAAAUGAUACCGAAAAGAAGUUGGAGAGAUUCCAAACUGAGGCUGAUAAACUAGACAGGAGAUUAAAAACGCUGCAGGAGAUGCAAAGGGAACUCAAAGCAAUAGUAAAUUUGUCACAAGAGGAUGCACAAAAAAAAGUUGAUGAGUAUAAGGAAGAAACUGUGCGGCUGAAGGGAGAGGUAGACCACUGGGAAAAGAGCAACAACGAGAAAAGUGAUCAAAAUGAUAAUCUUCGCUUAGAAUAUCAACAAAAAUCUUCCCGAGCUGUUGAGGUUGCGCAACAACUUACUGCAUCUAAAACUGCUGUUGAACAAUCGCAGAAGGAUUUAAAGGGUCCAGCAGCCGAACUCGAACUAAAAUCGUUGCUAGCGAAGAAACGGGCUUUGGCGGACCAGGAAAAGCUAACAAAGAAUAAAAACAAGUUCCUUAAAUCGUAUAUAAACAAAAUGAGCUCCCACUACGGUUUCAAAUUAUCCGCAAAUGGUGACUGGAAUCCUCAUUCAAACUCCGGAACUCCAUCCAACAGUCGCUCAUCGACUCUUGCUUCACGUCAUAAGUCCACAAGAUCCAACACACCCACGUAUACGUAG